UCGUCUUCGAUCGCGACACAUCACAGGCGGUGAAUUUACUCGGUGUGCCCUUUCUGGUGUCCUUUUGAUUUGUGUCUAGACUGAUCCUGCUCAACAUGAAGCUGUUCGUCGUUCUAUUCGCGUUAUUAGCGGCCGCAAUCGCAGCCCCAGUGGCACAGUUUGGGUUCGGAUAUCCCGGUUUUGUAGGAGCCAAAGCAUAUCGAAAAGCACUGCGAAGAGGAUACUUUCCGGUAGCGGUUGCGGUACCCGUAGCGGUGGCACCGGUCGGAAUAGCUCCGGUCGGUGUAGUAGCUCCCGUAGGAUACGCAGUGCCAGGACCACCCUUUCACCCGCAUCCGCGACGAUUCCGACCACACUCACAUCACGAUCACUAUUCACCGUACGAUGGUUAUCUAGGUGGUGGUCCUGUUGGUCCGAUCGGCGGUGGUGGCUUCUCCGGUAGCCAGGCGAACGCACAAUCCGCUUCCUUCAACAUUGGAUUAGGUGGAAUCUCGGGAUCGUUCAGUAACUCGAAUGCCAACUCGUUUGGCGGUGGUCAUGGCGGUGGCUUCGGUGGAUCCGGUGCUCAAGCAUCCGCCCAGUCGUCCUCGUUCGGCGGUGGUCUCGGAGGAUUUGGGGGCUCGGGUUCGAGUGCCCAGGCGUCAGCGAACUCGUUCGGCGGUGGUGGUGGCGGACUGCUACCGUUCUUCUAAGUGCCACGAGAAUGGUACGGUGUACCUCUAGACAUGACACACGGGCCGAAGCCCUUUAUCGAAUUGCCAACAUCGCACUGGACGAUGGACGUUACAAUAUUGCAAUUCGCUCAGUUCGGUAAACCCAAGUGAACGAUUCGUUUGAUUGAUGUAUUGUUUUGGUUUAAGUGAUUUUUUUAUUUAUGAAUAAAAUAUGGAAAAGAGAACACGAA